AUGGCUGGUGUAUCUCGAAGUAAUGAAUCUUCCGCCUGCACAAGUUUGGAAAGUUUCAAUCAAAUAGAUGCUUUGGUUGAUUCGGACGUAUCAGACGAAGAGUUGGGGGAGUCUGAAAGUUGCGAACAAACAAGGAUGUGCGAAGCAGUUAUUCAAAUGGCCGAAUUGCAAAAGAGGGGUCUGGAGAGCAUCUUAGAAUUUACUAAGCCAAAGGCAAACUCCAAAAAGGAAACGACAACUGUAGAAGAAGAGAACUUUGAAUGA